CCGGGUCUCUGCGCUGCGCUGCGAUGGCUGUGCGGCGGGCGCUGCUUCGGUGUCCGGGGCUCCGGCUCGGGGAGGCGCGGCGCACGGCCGGCCUCAGCUCCGGCGUCCGGCUGCAAGCAUUAGUGACCAUGAUGACAUUUUGCUGAGAGGCAGGCCAGUGACGUAGCAUCAAUAUCCUACCUGCUCGCCCUGGUCAUCUAAUUUGGCUAAUGGAUUCCAAGGAACCAACGUGCAUGCGUACUCCUGUUCUGAUAACUCCAGAGGCUGAGAUGGGGGAGGAGGCCUGUCGUAUAUUGAGGAUGUACAGCGCGUCAAAGACCACUGUGGAACCUGGCGAAAUGAAGAAGUUUCAGGCCUUGUCACAAAAAUGGUGGGACAGAAAUGGAGAAUUUGCUGCUCUACAUUCAUUGAAUGACCUCCGCGUCCCUUUUAUCCGAGACAGAUUAUUAAUGUACAGUGAGAAAACACAUUUGGGAUACCCCCUUGAUGGUUUCCGGAUUCUAGACGUUGGCUGUGGAGGAGGUCUACUAUGUGAGCCACUAGGCCGUCUCGGAGCAGCGGUCGUUGGAAUUGAUCCUUUGGAAGAGAACAUCAGAACAGCCGAGCUGCACCAGUCAUUUGACCCGGUACUGACGAGACAGGUGGAGUACACUACCUGUGCUCUGGAGGAAAUGGCAAUGGAGGCUACGGGUACAUUUGAUGCCGUUGUAGCUUCUGAAGUUGUAGAACAUGUUAGUGACCUGGAGACAUUUAUUGGAUGUGCUGCACAAGUGUUAAAGCCUGAAGGAUCGCUCUUUAUCACAACAAUAAACCGAACGUUCCUGUCCUAUGCAAUGGCAAUCAUAGCAGCUGAGCACCUAUUAAGAGUUGUACCGAGUGGGACACACGAAUGGGGCAAGUUCAUUAGCCCCGAAGAACUGGAGACAUUUCUAACAUCCAGUGGAUUCUCAGUGGAAGCUGUCAAUGGAAUGCUGUUCAAUCCGCUGUUUGGUUCCUGGACUUGGAUCAGUAACUGCAGUGUCAAUUAUGCACUGCAUGCAGUGAAAAAGAAGCAGUCAGGUGAUGUCUCGGGAAGAACUAAUGGCCGAGAGCAUGGUUCUGAACGAUCAGAAUCCAGUGGCUCCCCCACAGACAAGUUGUAGAAGGAACGGUUCCUUAAAGUCCUUUUCCUUCCUCCUCCUGUUCCUUAUAACAGUUAUUCCCAGCACUGUUCCGAAUAAAAAUAAAUUAUGUUUGUAUAUCAAAUUUAUCGGUAAUAAUACCGAGAUUACAGAAUUCUGUUUACCAGGGAUUAUUUUAACAUUAAACAACCAGUGUUGAUCUGC